AUGCAGAGGGGUGACGGCGCAGGUUACCCUGGAGGCUAUGGGACAAAUGGACAGACAGUCUACGUCCAGGACUUCUGGGAGGACCAGCUGCAGCUGUCGAGCGGCAACUUGCCGUGGCACAUUUUGGGCCUCGCGCAACCCCCCACUCUUCGCAAGAAGGAGAAGGAGGCGCUGCUGCAGUGGCGCCUGCACGUGGUGUCCGCCAAGAGUCAGGUCACCGACUGGGCGGUGGGCGAUCGCAACACCUGGCAGCGGGACUUGGGGUUCCCGGAGACGGUGCCGGUGCGGACCGGCGUGGCGGCCUUGCAGGUGACACUGCCCCGAGGCGCACAGCUGCCGGCGACCUUUGUCGCGGGCAAGGCCUCGAUGCUCCACUUCUGCUGGCCUUUCUCCGUGUGCACCGCACAUAGGACCUCGGAUUCGGACUCUCUAUGUCGCACUCUUUGCCCAGAAGCCUUCCAUGCAGUUAAACAGAUGCGUGGUGGCAUGAUAUCGGUGGAGGCGGCCGAAGACUAUGCGGAAGCCUGGAAAGGCCCAGUAGAGCUGGAGGCAGUGGCCUCCGCGGUGGAUGAGCCAGGCUUGGGCCGCUUCCUGGCAGAUAUCUACGUGGACUGGAGCCAAUCUGAGAGCAACGAGCUCUUGGGCCACUUCGAAGUCAGAGCGCAGCUGCUCUUCUGCCACAAGAUCAAGUUCCGCUCGGCGAUGGCUUUGGGAGAAUGGGCCUCCAGCUGGCUCUGCGUGCGGCGACAUCUGAGAACAUCUUCAGGCAAGCAGUGGGUAGGUCACGGCGGUGUGAUCAAGGCAUGCUUUCCGGACGACGACAAGGAUCUCCUCUUUGCGGAGGAGGACGAGGCGUGGCUGGACAUGGGUACGCGCAACGUGCGGGUGACCUUCCGCGUCAUUUGCGGGAGUGGGCAUCCACCGGAGCCGGGCUUCUACAUGCUAGAGCUGAUCCCAAAGGCGUUGUCCGAGAGCUGCAUGGCCAGCGCGCUCGGGGAGCUGCGGGAGUGUCGGCUGGUGCAAGCGUUAGUCCUGCAAGGGCGGCAGCCGGCACAGCUGCCGGAGCCGACGGUGGAUUUGUCAGCCUGGGGCCUCAACGCCUCGCAGCAAAGCGCCGUGAGUUUCGCGCUGCGCCAGCCGUUGGCGCAGGUGCAGGGGCCGCCGGGCACGGGGAAGACCAUGACCACAGCGGUCCUGGCCACAUGCUUUGCGCGCCAGAACAUGAUCUCAGGACAAAACCGCGCCGUGCUGCUGUGCACGCCCACCAACCGCGCAGCAGACUGUGCCGCAGCCUUCGUGGCGCGCAUCUGCCAGAGGCAGGCCCAGCGUCGUUUGGAGCAGCGAAGCGCGGAAGGCGACCUUUGCGCGGUGUGUCAGGGCGCAAAGCCGGAUACCAUCACGCUGUGCAGCCACGCCUUUCACAAGAGCUGCCUGGCGCAGGCAUUGGAGGUGGGCAGCCGCUGCCCCAUUUGUCGGCAGCAGGUGAAGCACAUAGACACAGGUCUGCGCAUCCUCAGGAUCUAUGGCUCUGACAUUGAGAAGCAGGAGUUCCCGGUGCCGAGACGCAACGAGCACAGCUCUGAGCCCCGGAAGCCAACAGAAGUGCCCGAGGAGAUGCGGCGCUUCUCUCUGCACUGGCGAUGUCACGCAGCGGUGGAGGGCGAGCGUGCCUCACCGGCUGCGUGGAAGACCAAGAAAGCCUACCGCGACAUGAUCCAGUACGGCACCAAAGGCAGCCGCGCUGACCAGCUGCGGAGCAUUUACCAGCAGGCACUGGCCGAAGCCAGAGCUGCGGAACUGAAAGAGGCAGACAUCGUCUUCACCACCUGCGUGUCCAGUCGGCGAAUGGCCAUAGCUCAGGCUUUGAGCGAGGAGGGUUCUCCAAUCUUUUGGCAGGUCAUCAUCGAUGAGGCAGGCCAAGCCACAGAGCCGGAGGCCUUGUGCCCACUGACCUUUGCCCGCGGGGCGCAGCAGAUCUGUCUUUUCGGUGACCACCAGCAGUUGCGGCCCAUUCUGAAGAACCAGCUGGCAGAGUCCAGCGGCAUGGCCAUCAGCCUCUUCGAGCGCCUGGCGAUGCAGAGGGACCCCCAGUUCUUGGCGAUCCAGUACCGGAUGAACCCUGGCAUCAGCGCCUACCCCUCGCGGCAGUUCUAUGGAGGCCGCUUACUUGACGAUGACUCCGUGCUACAGAGUCCGACCCUGCUGGAGCAUCCUAGCCAGGGCCGGCCCAUGGCGCUCAUGGUCUGGGACACUGGUACUGCAGGCGAGCAGGUCAGCAACACCCGCACAGCAGACAGCGGCACAGGGAGUCGAAUGAACGACAUAGAGGCCAGCUGCGCGGCACGGGUGGCGGAGCGCUUGGCGAAGCUGGCGGGCCCCAAAAGCGUGGGGGUGCUGUGCUGGUACCGCGCGCAAGUGGUCCGAGUGAGCGAAUUGCUGCGACAGAGCGGCGAGGACGUGCACGUCGGCAGUGUGGCUACCGCACAGGGGAGCGAGUGGGACUACGUGCUGCUGAGUACCGUGAGGAGAGGUGGCGCGGGCAUGAAGGGCCGGCUAGGCAUCGUGGCGGAUCCCCACAUCCUGGAUGUGGCGCUCACUCGGGCGCGGCGCGGCCUCAUAGUUCUGGGCCACGAAGCGACGCUGUCGACGGACUCGAAUUGGAAGGCCUUCUUUCAGCACUGCCGUGAGACAGACGCGAUCAUUGACGGAGAGCCUGCGAUCACCGCGAAGGAGGAGGUCCUGCAGGAAGCCUGGGCCCGUGCGCUGGUCCCAGGCCUAAAGGUGGAGAUCCAGGGCUUGCAAGGCGCCCCGGAGCUCAAUGGGAAGACUGGAACCCUGUGCGAGCUCAAUGACAAGGGCCGCUGGGAGGUGGAAGUGAAGCGUGGCGACGAGACCCGGCGCCUCGCCCUGAAGCCCAGCAACCUGGGCUUCGUGAAGGCGGCAUUUGGUUCAAAAGCGUCCUUCGGGGGUUUGACGGCGCUGGUGGCUUCGGAGCGGCCGAAGGACGGCGUGGAGUUUAGCCAAACGCUGUUGCUGCACGCCAACGAGCUGGAGGGCUCUUUGUGCCAGGGAGCAGAGGUCAGGGUGUCGGACAAGUCCUCUCCUUGCCACGGCCUGCAUGGCACCGUGCAAAGAGGCCCUGACUCCUCUGGCUGCUGGUCCGUGGAGUUUUCCAAGUGCUUCCUCAUGCAGCAAGGACCAGUGCAGGUGAGGCCCGGCAAGAAGGGCUUGGAGGUGGACGCAGGGUCGGUGGUUCACAGUCUCAAGCCUGGCCUCGUGGUGAUGCUGCAUGGCCUGAAGAACCGUGCGGACCUGAACGCGGAAUGGGCCCGGGUCGUGGGCGAGGCGGAGGAUGGAAGGCUGGAGGAUGCUUUGGAGUGCCUGGUGAAGCAGGCGGGCCACCUGAGUGGCUUUAGGCAGGGCUCCAGAAGAUGUUUCUCCAUUUGGCUGACACUGGGCACUUCCCCUGAUGGGCUGACAUUGAACUUGCCGCAGAAGGUGCGGGUUCUCAAGGAGAUCACGAGGCGCGAUCUCGCCCUGGCCAGCGUCCUAGCCGGCAAGGCUGCAGGCACCUUGAGGGACUUCCUCCUGAAGUUGGAGGUGGAGCCAAAGGCGAUCGAGGUGUGCAAAAGGGUGCUCGAGCCCGAUGGCACUAUUCAUACUGACAAGCUGUUUGGUUGGCUGUAUGAGGGUGCUGAGACACGACCUACAGAUGACCCGAUCUACGACGCACGACUUGGCGCCGCAUGCAUGGAAACGGUGGAGCGCAUGCCGAUCUAUGAGGCAGCUGAAGUUUGCAUGGCGAGGAAGGUUGAGACCAAGCCUGUUGAGGUGGCUGCAAUGAGCAUGUCAAAGACUGACGAUGUACCCGUGGAGGAGGCAUUCCGCCGCCACUAUUCUGUGCCAGCAGACCGGUGGGUUGUGACCCGGAACGACUUUGUUGGCUUCCUCGAAGAGGUCGCCUCAAAGCAUCGAGCCGGAAGGAUCGAGAAUCGCCCGGACCGCAGUGGUAAGCCCAACCCUUUCCACGAUGAUGAGUACAUUGGACCGAACAUGCACGCGGUGAACAAUGCAGUGAUACGUCCCAGGACUGAAAGCGCGGGCGGCAUGUCAUGGGCACUGAUGCUCCACCCCGAUGGCCUUUACGGGGAGUUCUUCUUCGUCACGCACAGCUGGAAGGAGGGCGUCUAUGAAUUCGGUCGCAAGGUGCUGAACUAUUGGCAGCACGAGCCGCGUCGCAGCAUGUGGUGCUGCUUCCUGGCGAACCCUCAAACCUGGCAGCGCGAGCAAUUGAACGAGCUCCUUGGCCAGCGCUUCGAUUUGGCCGACUCCCCUUUCAUGCAGGCUUUGUCUGCGCGCUCGAUGCGGGCCUUCGUCGUGGUUCCCAACGUUACCGAGAGCCUUUACUGCCGCUUGUGGUGCAUCGCGGAGCUAUGGAAGGCCAUGGAAGUGCAGAAGCUUCGGGGGGAUUCCAUGAUCUGCGUGGCCAAGGACACGCUGAAGACCGGGCACAAGGCGACACAGGGGGCCCCCAUUGCCGCGAUGAUCCACGGGGCCACCUGCUCUGACGCCAACGACGAGACGCGAAUUCGCGCCUACAUCGCAGGCAACGAGAAGCACAUCCAGGAGAUGAUCGAAGAGUUGGCGUCCUCCAAGGCCAAGGACAAGCACGCCAGGAAAAAGAAGGGGCGCCAGGAGCGCGAGACCGAGCGCGGCGCCGAGCGCGUGACGCGCGGCUCCGCUUCCCGCGGCUCCGCUUCGCGCGGCCCUGGGCCGCCUCCAGGGCGGCAGGUGGAGCAGCGCCGGAAGCUGGACGGGCAAGACACCGGCCGGACACCCCCUCGACGUGGAGCGGCUCCGCCUCCAGCACCUGCAGGAGGACCGUCGGGUCCGUGGGCGGAUGCAGAGGUGGAGCAGAAGGAGGCGCAGGAUAUGCAUCACCUGGAAGAGCGGAUCCGCGAAGUCCGAGAGCAGAUGGAUCGCGACAGACAGGUGGAGAUGGAGGUGGAGCAUGCGCUGCUGCACAAGGUCGAGGAAUUGGAAAAGGCGCUGAUGGUCCGACGCCGCAGCAUUGUGGAACGAACGGAGAAAGAGCAGCAACGUGAAGAGGCGCUAUCCAAGUACAUCAGCUCCCUGCAGGCCCUCGACCUCGGUGAGCUGCAGCACGAGAUUUUGCAGCGCAAGGACUCGGUGAUUGCGAAGGAAGAGCAGCUGAGCUUGAGGCUGGUGACGUUGGCAGAAGACGAGGAGGAGGAAUGCAAACAGAUUCAAGAGAGCCUCGGGAAGCAGCAGCUCCUGAGGCGCCAGCUGGACGCGCUGCGGGGCAGCGAGGGUGCGGACAGCCUGCGGCGGCACCUGAGCGCCUUGAAGGAGGCAGAGAUGAAGGACUUCUACCUCGAGGUGGCCAGGCACCGCCAGGAGGACGAGGCCAAAGAGCUGCAGCUGCGACGUCAGCUGGGGGAUCUGCACCGAGAGCUGCAGCGGCUCAUGGAUGAGUCUGACGAGAAGCUGCACAGGUCCAAGAUGCAAGAGGAGCAGAUCCUGCAAGAGAUGCACUACCUUCAGAGUUCAGUGAGGAGCAGUGAACGCCUUGUUCAAGGCGGAGGAUCCCCACAAGCAUUGCGGCGAGACAAACAGCAGCAUGAAGAGGAAGAAGCGAGGCGCUCUUCGCGAGGCAGUUCGCCCAUUUCGCCCAUUUCGCGCAUUUCGCGCUUCGACUCGGGAAACUGGAAGGAGGGGCGAUCCUCGCAAGGUCAGCGCUCCGCUUCGCCAGUCGAGGAGCGGCGAUACCUGGAGUUAGGCGCUCGCGGCUCCCCUUCGCCACGCAUCGAGGAAGACAGGUUCGUAGCUUCCCUGGCAGGCGAUUCGAGGGAGAAUUCGUGUGAGGACGGUGAGAUUGAGGAUAUGGAGGAUAUGGAGGACCUCUUGUUCAUUUGA